AUGUCCACCAUUACCAACACAAGACUAUCGAUACUCCGAUAUAUUUCUGCAUUCUUUGUUCCCGAUGCAAGUCUACAUUCGCGACAGAAAUGGAUACUAGGGCUUAUCAAUCUAUCAGCGGUUGUUGUACUAUGGGUCUCGUCAAGUUUCUUGGUGAAUGCCAUUGUUGAAGACGAAUCAUAUCGCAAGCCAUUUUUCAUUACGUGGAUAAAUACAAGUUGCUUCAGCUUCUACAUUAUCCCCUAUCUCAAAUUCAAAAAAUUGUCAUUGCGUCAGUUUUGCAAAAGGUUCACCAAUGAAUAUAAAUACCAUCAAAUACCAAACAAAGAUGGAGAUGGAUUGAUUAGAAGCUAUGGGUCGGAUGAAGAUUUGAAUACUGUUGUAGCGACACAAGUGGAACAAGGAGAAGGACAAUCCCAUCUGGAGAAUUUGACAUGCGUUGAAUCCAUUGGUGAUGAUAAUGCACAGCCAGAUAACCCAUUGGAUAUAAACAUUUACGACACCUUUAAAUUAUCAGUGCAGUUUAUAAUUCUUUGGUAUUCGGCAAACUUGGUGACGAAUGCGUCGUUGUCGUAUACUUCGGUUGCAUCACAAACCAUACUUUCAUCAACAUCCUCCUUCUUUACAUUGAUUAUUGGAUACUUGGUAUCAGUUGAGAGCAUCAACCAGAACAAAAUAAUGGGUAUUCUAUUAAGCUUUUCAGGGGUUUUGAUUGUUACCAAAGCAGACACAUUGGACGAUAGCCCGAACCGAGACGUAGGACGCUCUACAUUGGUGAUUUUGUGGGGCAACUUGUUGGCAUUAUCAGGAGCACUCAUUUACGGCAUUUACACAAUAUUGUUGAAAUUCAAGACAUCAGUGCCCAACUCCCACAAAGAACGCAAUUUAAACACUCACUUGUUUUUCGGGUUUGUGGGGUUGAUUUGCUUUUUGGGUCUAUGGCCAAUCCUCAUCAUUUUGCACUUUACAAAAGUGGAAAUUUGGUCAUUACCAACAUCAAGAGAGAUUUGGACUUGUCUAAUUUUGAAUGCAGUGAUUACAUUCAUAAGUGAUUUCUGUUGGUGUAAUGCUGUGCUCCUAACUAGCCCGUUGACUGUGACUGUGGGGCUAUCAAUGGCUAUACCGUUGGCUAUGGUUGGUGAUUGGAUUUUGAAGGAGUUUAAAGUGAAUUUGUUGUAUGCGUUUGGUGCGGUAAUCGUUACUACUGGGUUCUUGAUUAUAAAUAAGGACGAAGAAGAGGAGUUUGUUGUUGAUGAGUGA